AUGUUACAACGGCAAGAAGGGCCGCACAAAAGGCAGCAGUUCUGGCAGGAUCAAAAAACACAUCUUCUGGUCUCCCGGUUGCCGAUCACUCCUGCCGGCCGCGGCGCAGUACAACCCAGCUGGACUCCGCUCCAGCCUCCCUCGAUUGGGAUGUGCACAGCACCCACCCACACCUCUCGACUCCUCGAGGGGCGAUCCCAUCCUCCAAUAUUCCACCUACCUAUCGACUCAACUUUGGAAUUCGAGAAACGUCGAAACGUGCCUGUCAAAUACGAUGGAGAACUCGUCCAGACCACCAUCAAUGCGAUCGAUCGAGUGGCAGCCAUCAAAGCCAAACGAGAAAAGGCUUUCUAUACGGCACGCAUGGCAGCAGCAGCACCCGUUGUUCGCCAGAGUAUGGCCGUGGAAGUCGUCAAGGAUAGACAUGUCCUUGGAUUGAAAGACGACGAGUUGACCCAGAAGGCCGUGGAGGCAGCAGAGAGCCGUCUGGCGGUGAUUCAUACACGAGAAGAAGAGAAACAAGCAACGAGGAAAACGAAGAAGGCUCAAGCUGAAGAUCUGGAGAUGGAUACUGUUGUUGAAGAAACUAUGCAGAGAUGUUCAUCAAGCGAUUUCCAAGGCACUUGUUUCAGCCGCUCUUGCCACCUCUCGAUCUGA